AUGUCGGGUCGCUUGUCGAGCGCCAGCGAAAAUGAUAUCUCAUUUUGGCGCCACAUAGUAUCGCCUACCGAGCAAAAUAGAGACCAAGGGCUCGAGUUAUACUUUGAAGAACUCGGAUGGAAUGUUAACUCGAGCGCGUUAUCUUUUUUGGGGCUAGUUCGGUUUGCCUGGCCAUUGACAGCGCCGACGGAGACAGCUCGAUUCAGCAUGGCUACAGACAGCGAAUUCUAUCCGAAAGAUGACCACAGCUGGAAGGCUUGGAUGUUCCAGGAAUACCUCCAGGUCCGGGGACCACUGACCGAAGAGAAUGUUAUGGAAUAUUUUGAAGAGUCCUUUUUGUUUGAUAGAAGCAGUAAUAACAACGUGCUUCGUAUGCAAACGCAACACGCCGACCCAAACUAUCGCAUGAGUAGACCUGAAAUGGAAAAUGAGCUCAAGCGCUUUACUGGAAAAGAAUACGCUCUGGUUCACGCCCAGCCGCCCCUGUUCGUGAUCCAACAAAGAGAUCGAUUGUCCCCCACUGAAGGCACGCCCAUGGAUGCUAGCCAACAAUCAAAAUCACAACAGCAACAACAGCCCCCGGACAGUUCUGUCAAGCCACCACAGGAUAAUGAAGAAAAACAAGUGUGGGAACCUUUUGCUUUUGCAUUCCAGGCUACACGGAUCGAAAUGGAGAAGAAGCGACAGGCCGCAGCUGCCACGGCGCUGGCUAGUUCGGUUGGUGGUGGUGCAGCAGGAGGUCCAUCUGGAUCUAACUUGUCUGCGGAAGGCAUGAGACAGAUUGUCCCCGCUGGUGGUCAGACCCAGGCUGAAUGUGCCGACCGCGGACGGGCCUUCUACCUCGACCAAGCAGAAGGGCACGCCUGGGCCUCCGGGAAAACCGGGACACGGAAAAAAGAAACAAAGACGGAUCCACCGGGGUUUGCGGUGAGGGGAAAGAAGAUGGCCAAAGUUUUUCAAAAAGACAGCACUCGGUUGCAUGGUGAGCAAAAGUACAAAUUGCACGGAGAAAAUGUGGAUGAGAGGGGACAACGACGGGAACAAACU